UUCACCUUUGAAGAGAGGACUUCAAUGUAUCAGUUGCGGCUGGAGAGGCAGAGAGUGGAUGGGAAGGUUUGUGCCUGGGAUGAGCGGGAGAGAUACUUCCAGGGGUCUUCCAGCCCCAUAUUCACCAAACUCCCUGUGGGAGCCUAAGAACCCCAAUCUUAACAUGUGAGGGAGCUUUAAAUAGGGCUAGCUAUAAAACCCUUUCGGCUGUUUGGAAAAAAAGGGGGGGGGAUUCAGACAAGUUUCUUUAAAUAAAGUCAGCUCCUGGUCUUUUGUCCCCCCUCUCAGAUGUUAUUUGUUGCACAGGCCCAUUCUGCUUUAGUCACUUACUGCCUAUCACUGGAGAUUCACUUACUGGAGUGAAAGUCAUGGACGUUCUUAGAUGAUGGAAUGUUCUGCACUUCUUCUGCACUUUUGAUUCUUGUAGGAAUCAAAUCCUAAUGAAAUCUUGGGGGCCAAAUGCAGGUUUCAGAGCUACAUACACUGUCAUGUAGCACCUCUGUUUUUCCAGCACCUACACUGGAAACCAGGUAAGUUUUGUGAGGCUUUGCAAAUAAGUGCACACCCACUUUGGUCACAAAGUCCAUAGUUUGUGAGCAGUCUCUGUAAGAAGUCAUAGUUUCUUUGUUUUGUUUUGAAAAAAGUCAACUUGUGUACACGGCUGAGUGAGCAAAAAUUGGAGGCAUUUGGAGCAAUUAAGUGAAUAUAUAUGAUUGUUUGUUUGUUUGUUUAUUCAUUUUGGGGAAAACACUGUGAAUGACCUUCAAAUAUUUUGAUGGAGUACAUCUAAAGAUCUGUACUUUCUUGGGGGACAGUGGCAGAAGGAUGUUUUUGUACACGCGUGAAAGAAGCCUUAGCACUUGAGUGUGUCUCUGGCCAGUGCAUUGAAAUAGUGACUGUGUGUCAUUAGAGAAUCCCAACUUCUGAUUGGCCAGCAAACAGAAACCACACUUGAAAAUUUCUAGUUACAGAUUGGCUGCUUCAUGUUACCAUUUAGAUUUGCAUUUCUGUGCCAGAAAUAAUUGGUACGUACAUUAUAAUUCCAUGGCUGAAAUUUGCCACUGUUGGCACAAAUAUGUCUUCCCUCCCUGUUAAUGCUGCUGUAGAUGAACUUAGCAAAAAAACGGAUCUCAGGUAACAGCCCAACUUCUACUCCCCAAAGUGUAGCUUCUGCCUGCCCAUAAGUUUUGAAAUGUCACCGCAAGGCUCAGAUGUCAAGUGUUGCCUGAGCAACGGCUGCCCUAUUCAGCUAGCCUGCCAAUGCCAAAUGCCAAAAGACAAUGCACCUUUGAGAGCCAAAGGAGCAUGCCUGACACUGCUUCUAAGACACCAGGAGCCAUGGUUGUCAACAAACAGCUUUGUUUGCCCAGAACUGCCUCAUGGUUGAUGCAGAGUGUAACAUUAUAUGGAUAGAUUUCUAUGAUUUAUUCAAAGCUCCCCAAGCUCCAUCUCCCAGAAUCAGGUUUUUAGAAGUCAGGCCACUAUGUCAAGGUUUAAAGCAGGCACCUCAGGAAAGGGACAUUCUGAGAAGGACACCGAGAUGUGGGAGAAGCAGGAAGCAUCACCAUCUGAGGAAGGGAGAACAAACUUACUUGAUCAGCUCCUCCAUGAAAAAGUGCACAGUGGCACAAAGGAAACAAAAUCUCUUCUCCACCGGCUGAUUUUCUUGGCCAAGAUCUCACCAGAGCUGGCUGACAAAAGGGAUUUAGCUGAGUACUGGGAACAACUGUUUGCGAGUCUUCAGCGCUCCUAUUACCAGAGCGAGGGGGUCACAGGCCUACUGCUGCUCUACCCCACAUAUGUUGUACACAUGCUGGAGUCAUCCAGUGAUGUGCUUUAUGCUGUCCUGCGAGACCUGAGGGACAUGGAGCAGCAGCAGAGAGUGUUAGUCCUGGACGCCAAGGUCCUUGUCAUGUCCCACAAUCUCCCCUCCCGGCUCUUCCAGCAGUGGAACUACAAAGUGCUGAAUGUGCCUGAGAGAUACCAGGAGUACGAUGCAGCCCGAGAAGAGCCGGCGGAGGCUAUCAUCUGUGAGUGCCUCACCACGCUCCUGAAACUUGGCAAGCAUCUGCAGAGGUACCCCAAGAAGCCCAAGAACCUUGAAGACACCAUCCUGGAGAAGGUCCCAGAGUUCAUUGUCCCCCAAGAUACCAUCUGCCACCUGCUGGAAUGCCAAGAGUUACUGAGUGCAGCUCAGUACCUGCAACUUUAUGACUCCCCUGUGAACAUUCUGAUGGACUCAGGGCUUGUGUUUCGAAGCGAUGAUCCCACAUCAGUUUAAGUUCUUCAUGCACAGCAUAAAGGUACAGUACAGCAAAUUGUAUGCUUCCCACUGCAUGCAGGUACUUGCAUGAUGCUUCCCAGCGCAUGAGUAUAGUCACAGGCCACUUGUUGCUAGACCAGACUAACACCACCUGCUUCAUACAGGAACAACUUUUAGCCACCUGUCACAUUAACAUCGCUACCUGCUGCUAUAGAAGCAAUCGCUUUUGAAUUCCACUGCUCUGCAUAGUAUUAAUCACAUUGCAAUAAGCACAGGUUUGUGUGAACAUGCAACACCGUAUCCCUGGUAUAGAGAUUCCUCUUCCAAUCCCAACACAAAGCUGCCAAUCCACUUUUGGACCACAUUGGAGGAAAGCUAUGGAGAUAGCAGUUUGAUUAUGAAGAUUAGCUUAUUUUAGAGAUGGGAACUCCUCCAUUAUGUGUUUCUCCUCCUCAGAAGGCCCCAGUGCAAUGCCAGUUUAAUGCUUGUUCCUUCCCACACUCCUUAUGACGCUUAUCAGAUGCUUCAACACCAGUGAUGUUUUCUCAGUCUCCCUCCUCCUUUGGCCAGCUAGCCUGAUGAAAAGUUCUGGAGAGCUCAAAAGCUUGCAUACAACAUUUUCUUUUUUUUUGACAUCUUGGUUGGCCUAAUACGAACUUUGGGAUUUUUUCUUAACACCAUUGCAGAUACCUUAACAUCUUUAAGAUUGCUUCACUAAAUGAAUAAGGGGAAGUUGAUCUCCAGCCGUUGUUGGACUUCACCUCCCCUUCUCCCUGAUCAUUGGGCUAGCUGGGCUGAUGAGAGUUGGGAGGCCAAUGACAUUUGGGGUUUCACAGCUUCUCCACCACUACACAAAAUGCUGUGGAUCAAAUGUGGUUGCUAGUGAGUUGUCUUGCUGGAGGAACAGCAGUGUUUCAAGCUCAUAAUGAUCCCUGGAAAAGCUCUGAAAGCAGCAUUCAUCACAAGGUGCAUGCUCUUGAAAAGUAUCUGGGUAAACUGGGAAGACAGACCAAGCUCUCUUGGCUAUACAGGAUGCUCUCUCUUUGUUUGUUUUAAAAAUUAAGGACCUGACUCUUGCCAUUAAUUCUCUUACUGUGUUCACACAAACUGCUAUUCUAAGGGGCUAAGGUCACACUGCAUCACUCACUCUCCUUGUGGAAGUAUAUUGUGUCAAAAUUCAUGUAUGUUUGUUGAUAAAAGCUGUUGUCGCCCGAGAAAUACAGAAACAAGAACCACCAAGAUGCAUACCUGUUGUGCUCCAAGCAGCUGUACUUUGAGCGGCAUCCAUCCUGUGCUUCCAUCAAAGCUAGAGGAUAAUCUCGUAUUGCAGCUUACACGUUUGCAUUCUUAAAACAAAGUACGGCACGGAUGCAAGCUUACUGUGGGCUAGCGCCUACAGAAGUGUCCAACGCUGUUCCCUUUUGUAUGUUAGGGCCAUCUAAGUGCACAUGGCCUUCUCUGUCGAGUGCAUAGGUGCAUCAGCCACAAACGCACCUUCCUAUAUGGCUGGAUCAUUGCUUUUCUGUUUGCUUGAAUUUGUAAGCCGCUUUGAGCAGCUCCUUUGUGAAGGGAACAAGUGAAGCAUAAGCCGGCGCUUGUUCUUUUAUUGAGUCAUAACCCUGUCUUGCCAACCUUGUCUAGCAUAAAUCUCCAGCACCUUGGGAUGGUUCUAACACUCCACUUCUUCUGUCUCCAAAACAGAGACAUCAUGGCCUUUGGCAGAACGGUUAAAACUGCAUCUUGAAUGGGCUGCUGCAAAGGGAACCCACUUUCAAUAAGGAAAAAAGGCUCAGGACAAAAUGUAUUGCAUUUGGAGCAGAGUGGUAGUAGCAGGAAAUCAAGACUGAAUACCUUAAGAUUUGAUUGAGAAUUCAACAGCAAAGGAGGUGUUUUAAAGUGAUCACUGGGAAGCAGGGGUAGGAUGAAAGGAGACGCAGUUGAGCCAUUUUUUAUCUCACUUGUUGUUUUAGUUCACCGUUUGUUGAAAGUAUUGAAAAUCUCUAGCGUUGCUCUGGAAUCUUAGGCAUUCCUUCAAUUCAGAACCAGCAUCUAAAUGGCAAUGUUUUCAAAAUAAAGCAUGAUCUCACUUA